AUGGAAACACCAUGUUACUAUCAAAACAGCAUAGUCAGAAAAUUCUCUAAUUAUAUCAAGAAGAUUAAUCUAUUCGAUGAAGAUGAGGAUCUUAUUCUGAUCAACCAACUACUUGCAACUACAGGGUGUCUUUCCAGCCAACUUUCUCGUCGAUAUUCAAGUAUACUCACGCGUUUAUGCUCCCAAACAUUCAUUCUUCAAGGUUCUUCUAUUUCUUUUGACACUUAUUUUCAUCCUGUCUGCUCAAGUCAAUUCAUCAAUCAAUCUUUCACUAUCUCUUUAUCUGAUAAAAAAACGAUUGAAUCGUGCCUAUAUGACUUUAUCAGAGUAGUCCGAAAGAUACAUCGUUUCGGUCGCAUAUGUAUGGCUAAUGAACCUAGAGUCACUACAGAAAUAAAUAAGUAA